UUGACAUCCCUCCGUGUAUACGCUAAAAUCCCGGCUCGCCUAACUUCGUUUAACUUACUGCGUCUAAACAACAUUGGGCAGAACCAGCGGAAUCUUGAUAAGAUAUUGUUUCAGCGAAACAUUGUUACACACAGUUUCCUUAUCUUUUAUUAAUUUUUCCGAAGAAUAAAGAACAAUAUGGCUGAGAGAAUAUCAGAAAUAUUUAAUUCGUUUCAGGAUUUUCUAAGUAACGAAGAAGAAAUACGCGAGGAAAUCCGUACUAAUGUAAGAGAUCUUGAAAAGACUGCCAGAGAUAUUAUGAUGAUAUUACAAAACAUUCAUAAUGAAAAUAACUUUGAAGAAAACAUAAUUGUAUCUAAAUACUGCACAAUGGCAAGAGAAUUAUUCGAAAAUGUACGUAAAAGUUAUGCUGCACUUGCAAAAAUUGUACCAAAGGAUCAGUACUAUAGAUUUCACGACCACUGGCGUUCUGUCACGCAAAAAUUAUGUUUCCUAGCCUCUUUAGUGAUAUAUUUAGAGGUUAAGGUUUUGGUUAGUAAGGAAACUGUUGCGGAAAUGUUAGGAGUUCAAAAUAAUAGAGAAGACGGUUUUCACUUGGACUUGGAAGACUUCUUGAUGGGCUUACUACAAUUGUCAGCAGAACUGGUAUAUAUAAUUUAUUGCAUGAGUGUGGUUGCUAGUCAUUUAUACGUUAUGUUUCAGAGUCGUUUCGCUGUAAAUAGCGUUACUAACGGCGAUUACAAUCGACCUAUAGAGAUAGCACGAUUUGUGAACGAAUUAAUCGCUGGUUUCAGACUUUUAAAUUUAAAAAAUGACAAUUUAAGGAAACGUUUCGACAGCUUAAAGUACUCUGUUAAAAAAGUAGAGGAAGUAGUUUAUGACCUUAGUAUACGAGGUUUGAAACCAUCUCCAAGCCCGGUUGUUCAAGAAACAGAGUAAAUAUUUUGCGAGGAUAUUUUCUAAUACUAAUAAUAUAUAUUAUUAUAUAUAAUAAAUUAUUGAAAUAAUUGUUUUCAUAUUAAUAUUAUUUAAGUUUUAUAAUUAAUAAUCAUCUAUAUAGUUUAGCUUAAUUUUUACAGUGUAUAAAAUUGUUUAAAAAGAAAACUGGUACAAAAAUUCAA